CGCUAUAUCCGCUAUGAACUCACCUGAAGAACACCCGCCCGCCGACAGCCAGCUUAGCGCAAGCGGCAAAGCCAAGCAGACCAGGAGGAGGCAGAGGCUCAGCUGCGUCGAGUGCACCCGCAGACGACAGAAAUGUGACCGUCAGAUCCCGUGUGGUCUUUGUGUUUCACGCGGUGUGCCACACCUCUGCAGGUGGGAGCCGCUCGCCGCCCGGCCACCCCCUCAGCGGCCACCGCAAGGCGCACCGACGGUGCCGGUAACAGACUCCGCGCAGAGCACCAUCGCGAACUUGUCUGCCCGCAUCGCUUCGCUCGAGGACGUCAUCAAUCGACAGAACCAGCAGAUUCGCGGUCUCGCCGGCUCGUCGGGGGCUCAGGGACUGACAGCUUCCGUCACAGUCGAGUCGGUGAUGGCGUCCGCUGCGUAUGCGUCGGCCUCCUCGCCAUCGGAUGCGUCGGGCUCAGAACAAAGCUCUGGAGCGACGAGCGGGAACAGCAAUGCUCCGGUGGUCACCAGUGCCUACAAGAACAACCGCGGCGGAGGGCACGCCCACGACAACUGCACGGCCCCUAACUCUGAGGAUGAGGAGUGCGCUCUCUCGCACUAUGAUUACGAUGUCCAACGUGCUGCAGUUGCUCUGGCACAACUCUCCCUCGCCCCCGCAGACGAGUACGUUGGCAGCGGUACCAUCCCCUAUGCGCUCAACAAACUCGGUGACCCUUUUCGCGCGAGGUUCAAGGUCGCUCGCUCUGCAAACACCACGACGGUGAGCGAGCCAUUCCAGCCUGGAAGCCAUCCUCUGUCCGGACCGAUCCAACAGCUCGUCGCCAGCCUUCCCUCGCGUGCGGUCGUCGACGCCCUCGUGGACGGUUAUCUUGCCGAACGCAACUGGGAAUUCGGGAUUCCUGAGGGCUGGUUCCGCCAAUCAUGCGAGCACAUGUGGCAACAUCUCGCCCUGCGUUGUCCCGGGCCAUCAUGCCACAUGACAGGUGGCUGCACGCGUUGUACGGAGGAGCUGAACCCCCACUGGCUUGCGCUGUUGUUCGCGGUACUCGCGCUUGCGCCGCAUAGGCUCGUGGGCAGCAGCGCGAAGACGUACUUCCUGAAGGCAAUGGAGGCGCGCCGGCUUGUCGAAGAUAUCUUGCUCGCUUCGCGGGCGUAUUCGCAACCGGGAGCGGUGCAGGGUGUCGUGUUGAGUUGCAUCGGAGCGGCACUGCUUGCUAGAUACCUGGCCGACCGGGGCCGGGUCAGCGACGCCUGGAAGCUCACAGGAACAGCGCUCCGGAAUGCACAGGCGGUGGGCCUUCACCGCGAUCCUGGUUGGCAGAAGUGGGACGCAAUGGACAAGCAGGAGCGCGAGCUACGUCUGCUAGGAUGGUGGUCACUCGUCAACGCGGAUAGGCUGUAUUCUAUUAUUCUUGGGCGCCCCAUGAUGGCGACCGAGGGCUCGUUCGAUGUGAAGUUGCUACCGGCUGACGUGCAUGGAGAUGGAUCACCCAAUCCCAACGUCAUCUUCCAAGAACACUUCAUUGGGUUGGGCGAAAUUGUGGGGGAGAUGGUCACUAGAUGCAUGGGCAUCACAUUCCCCGCAUAUGCGACCGCGCUCGAGAUGGACCGAAAGUUCAAGUUCUGGCUUUGCCGACUACACACCUCGCUUGACUGGCGCGAGCCGCACCCCACAUCCAACCCUGUCACACUAGAAGAACGCUCGCGCGCCUACCAGAGGCACCUCUGCGCGGGAUACUACCUGGCGGCGCAGAUGAACUUACAUCGGCCGUACUUAAUGCACGCUCCGCCGAUCCUGCCCCCGCCAAAGCCACUGUCCGCGACCAUGACGGUGAUCAUGAAUCCGUCGCGGGAGCGGUGUAUCGAGCUCGCCAUGGAGCUCGUGCGCGUGAUGUGCGAUGCACAGGAGGAGGCCGCGCAAUGGGAGCCGGACCGCGAGCUGCCUGCUCUGCUCUUCCACUACGCGUACUUCACCUUCGACGGCGUUAUCGCUAUCGCAGGCGCGUUUUCGCAGGAGCCUCCGCAUCCGAAAGCGGAGGAGUGCCUGGCCCUCAUCGACCGCGCACUGCGGAUGCUACAGUGGUGCGUCAGUGCGACGCGCGAUGUCGAGAACCGCGACGGGGAGGGCGAGACUGCGGCCCGGGCAAUCACGACCAUCGGUGCGCUGAGGAAGGCUGGACAGUGGGAUGAGCGGUUCAGGAAGGAUCGGGCAGCACGGGCAGCACGGAAGGCGAACGGCCAGAACGGCCAGAACGGGAAUGGGUCGGCGAGGAACUCCAGUUCGCCUCCCGAAUCCUCGACGGAGCGGCCGGCGCAAGAGCCUGUGUUCCCGCAGGGGAUGCCGCUGGCGGACCCCUCUCUGUUCGGCGGCCUAACGUAUAGCACACCGGAGACGACGAAUCCCAUCCCGUUUUUGACGACGGGCAGCCCGUUCCCCGGGUUCUCAUUCCCGGGAUUGACGACGCCGGCGCAGACGACGUCGGCCACCAUGCCGAUGCUGUUCGGCGGCGGUGGAGACGCGCGGGACUUCGGGUCGAUGCCGUCCGGAAGCUCGGGGAUGGACACGGCGGUUGCGAACGGCGCGCUGGGGACGGCGAGCAUGCAGACGAUGGGGAUGCCGUUCGACAUGCUGCACGGCGCCGAGAGCUUCGACGUCGACUGGUCGGCAUUCGCGGAGAUACAAGGAUGGCCAGUGAACGGCCUGUUCGAUAGUACGUCUUAAGAUCGGUAGUGCGUCUUAAGUUCGAUGGUACGCGCCAAGAAGGCGGAGGAGUGCUGGAUUGUAUUGUAUGUACGCGUAAUGGCGACGACGCUGUAUCCGAUUAGUAUCGUGCUUAUAUUAAGUAGAGAAUGCACAAUAAAUACACGCACC